AUGUCACGUGCGCGCAGGUCACGUGUCCCUGGAGCGCUUCCGGGGCGCGAUGGGGCCGGGGGUGGCGCGCUCCCUCCGCCGGGCCUGGGCCGGCGCCCGGCGCUGCCUGCACGGCACGGUUCCCGCCCGCGCCCCCCCGCUCAUCCCCAUCGUGGUGGAGCAGACGGGCCGGGGGGAGCGGGCCUACGACAUUUACUCGCGGCUGCUGCGGGAGCGCAUCGUCUGCGUCAUGGGCCCGAUUGAUGACAGCCUGGCGAGCCUGGUGAUCGCCCAGCUGCUGUUCCUGCAGUCCGAAAGCAACAAGAAACCCAUCCACAUGUACAUCAACAGCCCUGGAGGCUCGGUGACCUCGGGGCUGGCCAUCUACGACACGAUGCAGUACGUGCUGACGCCGGUGUGCACGUGGUGUGUGGGGCAGGCGGCCAGCAUGGGCUCGCUGCUGCUGGCGGCCGGCGCGCCCGGCAUGCGCCACGCGCUGCCCAACGCCCGCAUCAUGGUGCACCAGCCCUCGGGGGGGGCCCGGGGCCAGGCCACUGACAUCGCCAUCCAGGCCGAGGAGAUCCUGAAGCUGAAGCGCCAGAUCAACGGGCUCUACGCCAAGCACACGGGGCAGCCACUGCCCGUCAUUGAAGCCGCCAUGGAGCGGGACCGGUACCUGAGCCCAGUGGAGGCGCAGGAAUUCGGACUCCUGGACCAGGUGCUGGUGCAUCCCCCACCCCGUGGCGAGGAUGAGCCCCGGCUGGUGCAGAAGGAGCCCCCCAACAGCUCCUCCGGAGCCCCCCAAGUCCCCCCGGCAUCCUGAGACCCCCAGGGGGCGUUGGGGCGCACCUUUGGAGUGGUGGAGCUCUGGGCCCCUUGCCUUCCCCCACCCCGUACUCCUGUGUGGAAAUAAAGGGCUGUGGAACCCAA